UAAAAAUUUAUCAACAGAAAUGCUUUAAACACUUUCUAUAUCCGAAAAUUCCAAGCACUUGGAGUUUCUUGUAUGGUAUAUCGGCAAGACCAUAUCGAUAUACUACUGCUAGUGUGACUGUUGAUAAUAAGAAGCCUGAAGCAGAAUGUGGAAAGGAAGCCAAGUGUCCAUUACCAGCUGCUGGAGGCGAUUUAAAUUUAAAAUAUCCAUGGUGUGAUCAUGAAGUUGAUGUAUUAAUAAUUGGAGCGGGUGGAGCGGGAUUACAAACAGCAUGCGGUCUAACCGCAGCUGGAUUCAAUACGGCAGUAGUCACAAAACUUUUUCCAACAAGAUCACACACAAUCGCAGCACAAGGUGGUAUAAAUGCUGCAUUAGGAAAUAUGUCAGUGGAUAAUUGGCAUUGGCAUAUGUUUGAUACAGUAAAAGGUUCUGAUUGGUUGGGGGAUCAAGAUGCUAUUCAUUAUAUGACACGUGAAGCACCACAAGCAAUUAUUGAAUUAGAAAAUGCUGGUUUGCCAUUUUCACGUACACAAGAGGGUAAAAUUUACCAACGAGCUUUUGGUGGUCAAACAUAUCGAUUUGGAAAAGGUGGACAAGCGCAACGUACUUGUGCUGCAGCUGAUCGUACUGGUCAUGCCUUGCUACAUACGCUUUAUGGUCAGGCGGUGAAAAAUAAUUGUAACUUCUACUCAGAAUAUUUCGCUGUGGAUUUAAUUAUGGACGAUGCUGAUUAUCAAUGUUUGGGUGCGGUAGCAAUAUGUUUAGAAAAUGGUAGCAUACAUCGUUUUUGUGCGAAAAAUACAGUGAUUUGUACUGGCGGUGCUGGACGAUGUUAUUAUUCAACAACUUCUGCACAUUCUUUAACCGCUGAUGGAAUGGCAAUGGUGACUCGAGCAGGUUUACCAUUACAAGACUUAGAAUUCUUACAAUUUCAUCCAACUGGAUUAUAUGGCAGUGGUAUAUUGAUUACAGAAGGCGCUCGGGGCGAGGGUGGUCAUUUAUUAAAUUCAGCAGGUGAACGCUUUAUGCCAAAAUAUGCCCCAAAUGCUUUGGAAUUAGCCAGUCGUGAUGUUGUAUCUCGUGCAAUUACAACAGAAAUUAUCGAGGGGCGUGGUGUCGGUAAAGAGAAAGAUCACGUACAUAUAAGUCUGGCUCAUCUACCCAGAGAACUAUUAACAACAAAAUUGCAUGGUACACUUGCUAUAGCAAAAUAUUUUGCCGGUGUUGAUGCAACAAAAGAACCUAUACCAAUUGUUCCCACUUAUCAUUAUACGAUGGGUGGUAUUCCCACUAACUAUAAAGGACAAGUAAUCACACAUUGCUCUGGUAAAGAUGAGAUUGUACGUGGUUUAUGGGCUUGUGGUGAGGCUGCAAGUGUUAGUGUACACGGUGCAAAUCGUCUCGGUGCCAAUUCAUUAUUGGAGCUGGUAGUUUUUGGCCGGCAAGUAGCUAACCAAAUAAAAGCAUUGUGUAAUCCAGGUGAUAGUUUACGACCAUUUUGCCAAAAACAUGGCUACAAAAUUUUAGAACGUAUUGAUCGAGUACGCUAUGCGUGUGGUGAAAAUAAUGUUGGUGAUCUUCGAUUAGAAUUACAAAAAACUAUGCAGAAACAUGCUGGAGUUUUUCGUCGUGAAGAUAUUUUACGAGAAGGAAUUAAAUUAGUGAAAAGUUUACGUCAGAAAAUUAAAAAUUUUCAUAUCCAAGAUCGCAGUAUGAUCUGGAAUACGGAUAUGAUUGAAGCUAUGGAAUUGGAAAAUUUAUAUUCGACAGCUUUACAAAUUAUAAAUGCUGCUGAACGACGACAAGAAUCACGUGGAGCACAUGCUAGAGAUGACUUUAAGGUUCGAUGUGACGAAUACGAUUAUUCGAAACCAUUACGUGGCCAAAAGAAGCGUGCAUUCAAAGAUCAUUGGCGUAAACAUACGCUAACAUGGUUAUCACAAAAUGAUGAUUGUAUUGUAGAUUAUCGACCGGUUAUUGAUAAUACAUUAGAUCCAAAUGAAGCGUGUUGGGUUGAACCACAAAUUAGGAAAUAUUAAAAAUAUUUCUGUGAAA